AUGACGUCCGGAAUCCUAAUCCUCGGCUCUGGCGGUCGCGAACAUGCUAUCGCCUGGAAAUUGGCUCAAACCGUCCAAAAAGUGAGAAUAGCCCCAGGAAACGGAAGCCCAUUUGGAGCCGUUGAUCUCGACAUCUCUGAUCCAGAGGCGAUCUUGGCUUACUGUGCCCAAGAUGGCCUAGAUCUGGUCGUUGUCGGCCCGGAAAUACCUCUAGCUCAAGGAAUUGUUGACAAACUACAGGAUCGUAUCGCAAUUUUUGGACCAACUCAGGAAGGAGCACGACUAGAAACCUCGAAAGCCUUUGCUAAAACCUUCAUGCAACAGAAUGGGAUCCCUACUGCUGAAUUCGCGGAAUUUACUUUGCUAGCGGAUGCGCUGAAUUAUAUUGAGAGGUGUUCAUGGGACGGUAUCGUAGUGAAAGCGGAUGGGCUGGCAGCCGGGAAGGGUGUUGUGGUGUGCACGAACAAAGAAGAAGCUCGUGAAGCGGCCAGAAAUAUUCUUCAGCGCUUGUUGGAAAAGGACGCAGGGCCAAACACGGGAGGAAUGGGCGUCGUCGGACCGGUUACGGUACCCAAGGCAAUUGAUGAGCAAAUUUCCGCUAUACUCCACCAAACGAUCAAGGGUCUGCAAGAGCAGAGGAUUUUCUAUACCGGCAUUAUUUACGCUGGUUUUAUGAUCACCUCCAAAGGCCCCUAUGUUCUCGAAUAUAACUGCCGCUUUGGAGAUCCGGAGACCGAGUUAUUCCACUUGAUACCAAUGACGUCGUCACUUUUCAUGCUGGUACAACGAUUGUUAAUGGGCAGUUGG